ACUCCAAUCUCUGCCAAGACGGACAAUGGUACACACUUCUUUCCUAGCGCCUACUUUUUUUUAAAAAAAAGCUUGGCAUGGUCCGGAUUUUCUUGCUGCCAUAGUUAAGGUUACGCUCUCAGGGACUUCGACAAUUACACUUUGGAUCGCUGUUGCCGACGUGGUACACGGUUUUUUUCCCAUGUUGUGGAUUGUCCUGAUGGUCUUUCUAAUUGAGCGUAGCAGUUCUGCUGUUUCACAUUAUGGCGAUGGUAACUCCGGCUCUAAACUAAAUGUUUAGGUGGCUUCUGUGAAUAGCGAAGAUCCCUACCAAGAUUUAUCAGUGGAAACUCUGCAGAUGGUGGGAAACUUGACAGAGAGGAACCCUGCGGGAAAUGCUUGGAAAAGGCGAUUUGGCUUUUCUGUGAUUCGGGAGGAAAUGACGCGAAUCCCGGGAAUUUGGAGUCUAUUUAUAUAAACUUUAUUUCCUGAUUUAAGGGCUCCCCGAGGGACUCGGAGGGAGUCCAGACAAUAGGCUGUGAAAUGGCAUUCCUUCAGCGAAUGAUCCAGCAUGCAGCUUCUAGAGUUGACAAAAACGUAACUGAAGAAACUGUUAAGACAUUGUUUUCUAAUAUUGAGGACAUUCUUGGAGUCCACAAAGAAUUCCUGAGUAUGAUUGAGCAGUGCCUGCAGCCUGAACCUAGUGCCCAGCAUGAAUUGGGAAGCUGUUUUCUUCAAUUUAAGCACCGAUUUUCUAUCUAUGAUGAGUACUGCAGUAAUCAUGAGAAAGCACAAAGGCUGCUCUUGGAACUGAAUAAAAUGCGGACUGUGAGGACAUUUUUGCUGGGUUGCAUGCUGCUUGCAGGACGGAAAAACCCUGAUGUUCCACUUGAAGGGUAUCUAGUGGCUCCCAUACAAAGGAUAUGCAAGUAUCCACUUCUGCUAAAGGAAUUGAUGAAGAGGACACCAAAGAGGCAUAAUGACUAUUCAGCAGUACUCGAGGCUCUUCAGGCCAUGAAAACUGUGUGCUCCACCAUCAAUGAAGCCAAGCGACAAAUGGAAAAGCUUGAAAUUCUAGAAGAAUGGCAGUCACAUAUUGAAGGAUGGGAGGGAUCCAACAUAACAGAUUCAUGCACUGAAAUGCUGAUGCAAGGGACUUUGCUGAAAAUUUCAGCUGGGAAUAUUCAGGAACGAGUUUUCUUCCUCUUUGAUAACUUGCUGGUAUAUUGUAAAAAGAAGCAUAGACGCUUAAAGAAUACCUCACACCCAAAGAAAGUACCUGAUGGACAUCGGUAUCUUUUUCGUGGCAGAAUAAAUACAGAGGUCAUGGAAGUGGAAAAUGUUGAUGAUGGAACAGCGGAUUAUCAUAGCAGUGGUCAUACGGUGAUCAAUGGUUGGAAAAUACAUAACACUGCCAAAAAUAAAUGGUUUGUCUGCAUGGCAAAGUCAUCGGAAGACAAACAGGAAUGGCUGGAGGCCUUUCUAAAGGAACGAGAACGAAGAAAGAGUUUGAAGCUAGGUGUGGAACAAGAUACCUGGAUGAUGAUCUCUGAAAAAGGGGAAAAACUUUACCACAUGCUGUGUAAAGAGGAAAAUUUAAUCAAAGACCGAAAACGGAAACUCAGCACAUUUCCAAAAUGCUUCUUGGGCAGUGAGUUUGUCGCAUGGCUGAUGGAAAUUAAAGAGAUCAGUAAACCUGAAGAAGGAGUUCACCUGGGCCAAGCACUGUUGGAGAAUGGAAUCAUCCAUCAUGUAACAGAUAAACACCAGUUUAAACCUGAUCAUAUGCUGUACAGAUUUCGAUAUGAUGAUGGAACAUACCAUCCAAGGUGUGAAAUUCAAGAUGUUAUUUCUAAGGGUGUGAGACUUUACUACCGACUUCAUAGUCUAUUUACUCCUGUGAUUAAGGAUAAAGACUACCACCUAAGGACUUACAAGUCAGUGGUCAUGGCAAACAAGCUGACAGACUGGCUAAUUGCACAGGGAGACUGUAGGACCAGAGAGGAAGCAAUAAUCCUGGGUGUGGAACUGUGUGACAAUGGUUUUAUGCACCACGUACUGGAAAAGAGUGAAUUUAAAGAUGAACCCCUUUUAUUCCGAUUUUUUGCUGAUGAAGAAAUAGAAGGCUCAAAUUUAAGGCAGAAGCACAUGCGACAUGACUUGAAAAUAGUUGAAAAUGUUAUAGCCAAGUCAUUGUUGAUUAAAGCUCAAGAUGGAAGUUAUGGUUUUACUCUGGAGGAGAGAAACAAGGUUCCUAUUGUGAAAUCUGUGGAGAAGGGAUCUUAUGCUGAGAUGGCAGGCCUAGAGGUCGGGAAAAAGAUUUUUGCGAUCAAUGGAGAUGUGGUUUUCCUAAGACCCUUUCAGGAAGUUGAAUGCUUCCUGCAGCAAUGCUUCAAUAGCAAGAGGCCUCUCAGGGUACUUCUGAGCACAAAGCCGCGAGAGACAAUAAAGAUCCCAGACUCUGCGGAUGGUCUUGGAUUUCAGAUUCGAGGAUUUGGUCCGUCAGUUGUCCACGCUAUUGGCAGAGGAACUGUGGCAGCAGGAGCUGGCCUCCAUCCUGGUCAAUGCAUCAUUAAAGUAAAUGGGAUCAACGUAAGCAAAGAGAGUCAUGCAAGUGUGAUAGCACAUGUCACAGCAUGUCGGAAAUACAAGCGUCCUUCACAGCAAGACUCCAUUCAGUGGGUAUAUAAUAAUAUGGAGAGUGGUCAGGAGGAUCUUCAGAAAUUCUGUUUAAAGGGCCCAGCUUCAGGAGGAACUGACACUGAUGUGCAAGAAGGAUUUAAUGAAGAGGUCUUCGAUAAAUUUAACACAAUGGCUUUAAUUGAUGGGAAGAAGGAUCAUGUGAGCCUAACAGUAGAUAAUGUUCACUUGGACUAUGGUGUGGUGUAUGAAUAUGACAGUACUGCUGGUACAAAGUGCCAUGUUUUGGAGAAAAUGAGUGAACCUAAGGGAUUCUUCAAUUUGACUGCAAAGGUCCUUGAGUGUUUGGCUAAGAAUGAUGAACAGUUUGCAGAAAGAUGUGGCAGGCUAACUUGCUUAGGUGAAGCAAUGCCUCCUGAACUACAUUCAAGAUUCAGCAUUAUGCGCAGUGAAAAGCUUGAACAUAUUAACCGAAGGAUUAUGACCUAUAAGAAGUUUUCACGAGUUCUGAAAAACCGAGCCUGGCCUACUUUUAAGCAAGCCAAGUCCAAGAUUUCUCCACUGCACAGCAGUGAUUUCUGUCCCACCAAUUGCCAUAUAAAUGUCAUGGAAGUAUCCUAUCCCAAAAAUGUUGCAUCACUGGGAAGCGCCUUUGGUGUUCAACUGGACAGUCGGAAACAGUCUUGCAGUGACAUUGACCAAAAAAGCUUCGAUCAAGAUAAAUUGGAUCCAGUGGAAUAUGUCCAUCAUUGCAUCACCACCAUGGCAGCUCCCUCUGGACACAGCUUGGGUCAGCAAAAUGGGCCUGGUCUGUACUUCACUCUGAAGGAAAAGGAUAUUGAAACUCAAGAUACAUACCAGAAGCUUCUGAAUAAGUUGCAGACAGUCGUGAAAGAACUGGAAUCGUAUAUUGGUCAGAUAGAUGACCUUCUUUCAUCAAUAACCCAUCCAACUACACCAGAGACGAAGACUGCUGAAUCACUAAUAACAGCGGAGAAUGACACUGACAAGGUAGAACGCAACAGCAAAAAGGUUUGCUUUGUGGUAACUGGAGAUGACCAAGAAGAUUCAGGUCAUGAUACAAUAAGCAACAGGGAUUCCUACAGUGACUGCAACAGUAACAGGAAUUCCAUUGCUUCUUUUACAAGUAUCUGCAGUAGCCAUUGUGAUUCUUACGUACACAGUGAUGACAUGGAUUCAGGUGAUGAGCUACCUUGUAGUGUACGCAUUUCCCAUGAUAAGCAAGAUAAGUUACACGGCUGCCUAGAACAUCUCUUUAGUCAGGUUGAUGCAGUCACUAACCUUCUGAAAGGACCAGCUGUGGCAAAGGCAUUUGAACAAACAAAGAACUUCAUCCCAAAAAGAAAUCUGCAAGAAUUCAAGAAGGAAAUGGAGUCAAAGAUCAAUUGCACAACACAGCUCCGAAUUCACGUGCAGAGAGAUCCCUGGAAUUUACCCAGUGGUGUGCACAACCUUAUAGAUGCCAUUACAAGAUUUGUGGAAGAGGUGCAGCAACGUGUAUUCCUGGCUCUGCUUGAAAAUACAGAUACCGAGAUUCAACUUAGACAGGACAUGGUGUUUUGUCAAAGUCUAGUUGCCACAGUUUGUGCUUUCUCAGAACAGCUAUUGGCAGCAUUGCAUCAGAUGUAUGACACCAACACGGAAUAUGAAAUAGAGACACAAGAGGCUAGUAGAAAAUGGUUGGAACAAAUAGCCAAUGCAGGAAUCCUCUUUAACUUCCAGUCACUGCUGUCUCCUAAUCUGAUGGAUGAGCAGGCUAUGCUGGAAGAUACCUUGGUUGCCAUGUCUGACUUGGAAAAAGUCACAUUCUAUUUUCGACAGUCUGAAGAAGAACCUCUUGUAGCAAAUAAUCCCAUCACAUACAAAGUAGAAGGGAAUCGACAAGCCUUAAAAGUGUUUUUCUACUUGGAGCACUACAAUUUUGAGCAGCUUCCACAGAGAUUAAAGAAUGGAGGUGGUUUUAAAGUUCACCCAGUGCUAUUUACACAAGCAAUGGAAAGCAUGGAAGGUUAUUACUACACAGAAAAUACAUCUGUGGAAGAAUUCCAGGCUCAGAUCAAUGCAACUUCUCUGGAGAAUGUAAAACAAUACUGUCAAAAGCUCAGGGCAUUUUAUCUGGAUAAAUCAAAUUUGCCUCCAAACUCAUCCAAAGCUGCUGCAAUUGAUAAGCUUAUGCGGCCACUCAAUGCAUUGGAUGAACUUCAUCGACUGAUGGAAUCCUUUAUCAGGUCAAAACGUACGGCAGCCUGCGCUUAUACUGCUUGUAGUGCUUCUGGCGUGGGAUUGUUGUCAGUUUCUUCUGAACUCUGCAAUCGUUUGGGAGCUUGCCACAUCAUAAUGUGCAAUAGUGGAGUCCACAGAUGUACAUUGAGUGUCACUUUGGAACAGGCAAUAAUUCUUGCAAGAUGUCAUGGGUUACCUCCUCGUUACCUGAUGCAGGCUACUGAUAUGAUGAGGAAACAGGGAGCAAGAGUGCAGAACUCUGCUAAGAAUCUUGGAGUGAGGGACCGGACACCACAGUCUGCUCCAAGAUUAUACAAACUAUGUCAGCCGCCCCCUGAUGGUGAUGCUUGAAGAUUCCUGCUUCAAAAUUUAACUCGGAGAUAUCUGGAUAUCGAUUCUUCAACAACAAUUCAAAGAGUUUUCAUUGUAGAUGGUAGAAUAAUCCUGGCUUGCAACAAGAUAUUGCUGGGAAGUGCUGGUAAAAUUUUCUCAGAUAAAACCUCAGCCACUCAAACUGGAAUAAAUGCUUUUCUUCGCCACACUGAAUGGACUCAAACCAGGGUGUUGUUUACUGAAUUUCUUUUUCAAACCAUAAAAGUUAAUUAUUGUAAAUUUAUUAAGCAUAAUUUUGUUUCAUUAAUUAUCAAUUUAAGAAGCUCGAGUCAGCUUGUAUUUUUACAAUCCUUUUAACUUUACCUUUAAAGUAUUAAGCAAUAAUUUGUUGGUACAGUUUUGUAUAUAUGAACAAUUUCACUAUUUAGGAUGAUAUUAUAACUGGCUAUUUUCAGGCAUAAGAACAUUAACAAAUGCAUAGCACAGUCAGUCAUUGUCCUAAGCUCUUUAAAGAAGGCCAAGUGUAUGUGAAAAGACUGCAAUAUUACCAAGGGGUUCAAUUGAUUUGAGUAGCACAAACAUAGUUUCAUCUUAUCACAUCAAGGCUGAGUUUGUGUUAUAAACUUAGUCCCAGUAUUCAACAUGUUAUUUCUAUAUGAUAUGAAAUGCAUUGCUUUACAAUGUAGUAAAAGAUCACUGUCCCAUUUUCAUCUCUUGAGUGUGGAAUCCUCUGUGGCAGUUUUUGUAUUGUGAGAUAGGAAAGAAGGGGUCUUGAAAGCAGCAUCUGUAUUCCUUCAUAUUAGCAAGAAGGGAAUGUGAUGCAGUUUUCUUUUGCAGAAAACUUACCAUCUUGCCUAUAUUGUAAAUACAUAACACUUGAACAUGCAUUCAUUCUUUUAAACUAUAUAAUAAGUAAAUGCAUAAAAUAAAAACUUUUACUGCGCUUUUCAUUAAUAGGAACUGAUGUAGAAAACAUUUACAUUUGUAUAAUUAACAGUAAUAUCAGGUAACAUUCUCUCAGGACUAAGACUUUUAUUAAUGUGCAAAAAUAACUUAAAGGUCUUAUUCUCGCUUGCGGGUCUUUUAAGUAAUAGCUUUAUACUAUUAUAUCUACCAAUUUAAAUGUAACAAUUUAAUGCUUGUUUUUAAGCAGUUGUACAUUAUGAUGAAAUAGACAAUCAUAUUCUAAGUAGCCAGGCAUAGCUCUAAUUUUGAAUAAUAAAUAGUUAUGUUUCCAGAUAAUUGGCUACUUGAAAAUCUAUCACUUUCAAAUAUUUGGAUUUACCUUAGAGUUCAUGGGCACGUACUCGAACAUUCCAAUAUUCUUUUGUCCAGUCCAAGUUUAUGGAACAGAAUCAUUUCACUUAGCUCAUUGUCUGGGUUAGUGAUAUCUUACCACAAGGGCCAUUGCUUGUGUCCCAUUCAAGCAUUAAUGCAAUGACCUGAAUGGUCUCCUUCUGUACUGUAAAAACAAUCUCCAACUCUGUGACUCCUAUUUGUUAUAAAUACCCUUUACCAUUUUUUUCUAAGCAAACAUAAACCCACCCUUUUUGUUCCAUUGAGUUUUUUAUCAAGUUAAAAAUUGGUGCUCUCCUUGUAUUGAUCGUAUACUUCACAUGACAAUAUCCUUCCCAAAUUAUAUUUACUCCAGACUUGGACUUUGUGCUUCCUACCCAACUAAGAUGCAAUCGGCAGACAAGAUUCAUUGGAUCUAUUUAUCCCUGUUUAUGUACAAAUCAUGCAAAAUAAUUGUUUUAGACAAGUUUUGAUGUUUUUGUGCCCAUUACCUGUUGAAGUCCUGCCCAUCAGAAAACUGGAGAGGCACUUCUUGUUGUGAUUCACAUUACCAGGGGUGUUAUUUCCCCACUGUAUCUUGACAUCAUCAGUGUGCACCACACUUGCCGACAAAAAUUGGAUCAAUAGGUUGCAGCCUACAAUAUUGGCUGUUAACUUUCAAUAAAAACAAAUACAUUGUACCAGAAGUUAGUGAAUUAAUGUGUCCCUGAAGGGACAUUACAUUUGUAUUUCAUAAAUCUCCGCCUGCUCCAGUCAUUUCAGUAUAUUAAAAAUCUCAUCAUUGGUCAUCCUGAGGCAGACCAAAGCAUUGAUGGCUUUGGGUCACAGAUGUCUAGAUUUGUGCCCCAUUGUUGCAAUUGCCUGCAGUGACUUAGAGCCAAAAGUGCCAGAUGGAGAAGUCGGCUGGUCACUAUGUCUGUGGGCAGGUGGGGGGAAUUGUUGUAAAGUGCAAUCUCAGUCUGCGGACCUGAGUGUUGUUACCCCCAUCCUCUGCCUAUUCCUUCAUGAUAUUCCUAUUGCUGUCAAAGAGACUAUCAUAGUAUUGACUUGCUGCCCAUAAGUCUGUAUCUGGUUAAGCUGCCUACUUUAUCAAAAAGUGUUAGAUUUAAUACUUCUGAAAGGUGGAAAUCACAAUAAUUUUUUUAAAGCAAGAAUGUUGUAUAUUUCCUUUUUUUCACCAUGACAUCCUAUAUUAUGUUAGGAUAAAACAAAGCAAACAAUUAGUGCAUCAAAAAUGGGUGAAAUCCUAUUGCUAGAAAAACGUGUUGUUUUAUUUUCCUGAGGAUGAAAUUCACGUUUCAAAGUGUUUAAUUUUAUUUUGUCUUAUGUUAGUCUUCCUGUACCUUGCUCCAUCUCUAAGCAAAUAACUUGCUUUAAGUGUUAACAUCGUUCUUUAUAGCCAGGUACCUGAUAAGCUGUUUCCAGAAACUGCUGCUACCUACAAAUACAUACAUUAUUAGGUGUUAACAACACCUACUUGAACAUUUAAUAUUAAAUUAAUUCCUAAUACAUUACAUAUGAAUGUUAAAAUCAGAUUUACAUAACAAUCUGAAAUAUUAAUGUUGUGUCCUGGGUUAGCACUUUCCAUGACCUAGUUUCCUUUAGGAGAAGUGACUGACCACCGCACAAUUUCACUAUAGCAAACAAACCCAAGUUGCACCACUUUUUAGAGCUAUUUGUUGGCUCUGAAACUUUUAUAUAGUAAUGCAUUGUCUUUGAUUUUUAGAAUUUGUGGAAUUACUGAAUCUAAUUUUAGCUUUAAAUAUUUGUCAGGAAACAGAUGGCAUUGAUUUAGUACCCAUUUUACACACUAUCUGAUCUUGCCUUCUGGCAGGUGGGAUGCAGUUGGGUUCCUGUCAGUUUCCCACUGGAUGAGUUAGAAGAUAAUUACAUCCAUGACUUCACAGGAAUAUUUCUUGCUAAGUAUUUUCAAUGACAUUAUUCCUGAAUUUUAGUAUGUCAAAUUUACAUAACUUUCAAAUAUGCAUGUCAAAUUUUAAAGAAACUUAUAAACUUGAUUUUAUAUAAAUGUUGUGCUAAUUAGUAUUAACAUUUAUGGUUCAUAUUUUAAAUAUUUUAAUCUUGCACUAACUUGUAGAAGGUGGAAGAUGGUGUUGGGGAAAGGAAAUAAGAAAAAUAUGGUUAGAUUAGUUCUUGAUGUAGAAUCUGCCUGACACAAGACUUUGUUAUACCUACAUUCUGAAGUAAAAUUCUAAUCAAGAUGGCAAAAGAUAAGGGAAGCAAAUGAUGUCACAUUUUUAUAAUAUAAUUUAGUGAACUAAUAAUUGAACCUGGGUCAGUCCUAGUCCAUGUGGCUCAGAGAUGAAUCAGAGAGUACAUUUACUAUAAACCAAUAUAGUUUUGUCAGAUUUGCCAGAAAGGUUGCAGUAUAUAACACUUUCUUUGGAUUUUCUGUGGUGAAGGGGCUAAGGGAUUAUUACAAUAAGAAAUCUAAAUGUUGGGUGUGCUGGGGGGGAUAAUUUUGUGAGAGUGCAUUCUCUGAGGAUUUAUAAUGAAAUCUUUAUGAUCUUCAAUUGUCAGACAGAUAACACUGCAAAAAUAAUUAACUUUAAGUAGCAGAAUUGUUUCUCUUACAUUAUUGUAACCUAAAUUAUAAGAGUUUAUUUGUUCUCUGAUAACUACAUUCCCUAUGCUAAAUGGAAAAUUGUUCAGAAUGGAAGGUCAAAUAUAGAAUCCAAUUUCCUUCCAUGUUCUUUGAAUGCUUUAAUAUUUCGUAGAGUAUAAUGAUUUCAAAAGAUUCAAUUUAGGCUUUGAGUAUCCUCUGAACUGUUUAACUUCUAUUGAUGCAAUGGUGCAUUGUUUGGAUAAAGCCAUGGAGAAAGCUUAUUCUGGAAAUGAUGAAUGUUUCUGAAUGUUAUGAGUAUGACUGUUAGAAUGAAGGCUUUGAGUUCCUGUAAUGUCUUAUCACUGGCGAUGUACCACAAUGCAUUUUAGUUCUAUGUAUAUUGUAUGACAAUUUUUUUCCCCAGAAACUUAGAAACUGAUGCCUGUGCACCUUUAAAAAUAAUUAUCUUUUUCUCUGUAAAUACAUAAUUACAGUAUGCUGUGAUAUAUUGUUAAAUUAUACUGACUAUUUAAUCGUACUUAUAUAUUAAACAUUUAUUGCAGGAAUGGGAACUGUAUU